UGUUUUAGGGGUGAUAUGUUUCUGCAACAUGCCUGAUUGCGUCACAACAAACUACUUGUGCAGGUCUGAUGGUAUGGGCUGUUUUUCAGACCUCAACGACAACCAAGAUUUCAGCCAAGCUGUCCAUGGUUGCCUUGAUUUUCUGUCGUGGGACAAGGGGAGGACUUGUCAGAACGUGCCGGCUUCAGGAACUGGAAGAGAGGGAUCCCUUCUGCUCUGCUGUCACGAAGACAUGUGCAAUCACGUCGACAGUCCCGAAGCCAGGGAGAAAUACAAUGAAACCAUACUUGAUAGGAGGAAGCUGCUCAAUGAUACUCCAGAGCUCAGCGUUAGAUGCCGCCAAAUCUCCAGGAUGCUUCCUGUGGCAGUUGAUGAUGAUCUUAAGGCCUUUACUGUUCGAAGCCAGUUGAGGCUAGGAGAAGAAGGAGAACGAGUCGAGUACACUGAUCAGGAUGCACUUUGGUUCCGAGCAGCCACUGUCGCAGUCCCCAUCUUCGGAGCACUUAUCCUCCUCAUCCUCAUUUUCCUAGCUCUCAAGAUUCUCAGGACUGAUCCCCAGUCUCUGCAACCCAAAUUGAGGGUGGGCCCAAACACAAGAGUAAUGAUAGGCAGUAACAACCCACACAUCGACACUGGGGCUAAGAAGUUACCACUGCUUUAUCAGCACAACGACUGCACCUCUCGGACCCAGGAGAAAAACGAAGCAAAUGCGAAACUCAACAGCCCUGCUACCUUGCUAGAUCUUCACAAGUCGAGCCAGAGAGCCCCCUGCAACUUGUAUCAACCGCUUAUUCAGAGCCCGCAGGGGGUCGACGCAAGCGUCUAUAACAAGACCUUCCUCAUAGACUGGGGUGCUCACCCUUAGCUGCCUUAGUGUCUCUUCCUCUAUAUAUAUAUAUUGUUCUUUUUUUGAUAAUGUUUUUUGUAAUGCUGUACUGUAUACAGUUCCUAACCCCAGGUUAUCAGCUGCAGUCAAUUUUAUAUUUGUUUCGUCAUUUUGGAAUGUAUUUGUAUAUUUUAAAAGGAUAGUUGCCAAAACAAAAGUCAUAUUAAUUUUCAGUUUUACUUUAAUUUGAUUUAAAUGUGAGAGGAAAUAUUUCUAAUUGCUACACAUAUAAGAUAGUUCCUGAAAAAACAAAGAAAAAUUAUUCUGGCAAAUUUAUUUAGGAUAGUUGCUUUAGAAUAAUUUUUGACCCUUAUGUUUUAUUCUGAAAUUGAAGUGGAAAAACUUAUUAUGGAAUACAGCUAAUUUAUAUUAAAGUGCCUACCUAAUGUUAGGAACGAAUACAAAAGAAGACUAGCUAGUCAUAUUGUUUAACAGGAUACGACAAUAUUUAUGUGCCUCUGAAAAAAGUCUUCCAAAAUAUUUAACUGAUAUUGAUUGAACAUCAUGCUGCUAGGGGUUCAUUCAACCUUUUUUUUUCUUUUAAAUUUUAUGUAGGAGAGACAAUUUUAGAUUAGUUGUUUUUAUUACCAUUUUGAUUUUAGAAAUUUCCCACCUUUAGUGAUAUUUUAGGGAAAUGUGAAAAGGAAAAAUCUCAUCUUCUCUAAAAGUAUAGAUCCUUUUGCACAGUUUUUAUUAUUGUUUUAUAUAUUUUUUUAAAAAUUCAUUACUGUAAUUUAAUGAGAAAAAAAUUGUAUAUAAGUGUACACAAAUUUUGUACAGGCUAUUUUUGUAAUAUAAUAAAUGUAUAUAAUUAAUUAUUUAAUAAAAAAGACUGUACUUAUGUAUAUGUUCGUGGUCAUGUGAUUGUAAAAGGGGGGGACAAAUUGUGAAAUCUUUAAUUAGAAUUCUGACCACAGUCUAAUUGUCAAAUGAGUAGGGAAAUGGACUGCAUUCUAUGCAAUGCUUUUGAGAUCGAUCUUUAUUAUGUAUAGUAAUAUAUAUCAUUCGUGAUAGCACAUUUAUUGAUACAAUUAUGUGCCAAUGUUUAUUAUUGAUUUAAUAAAAUGUUAUUUAUAAUUAC